GUUGUUGCUUCUGCACCGGCGGAUGCAACUGUGAAAUUCGAAGAGACUACAGCGACGCAAACACAAACAGCGAGUAAUGUUGGUAUUGGUACACAGAAUACGAUACCAAUCGGCGUGAAGAACCAUCAUCCUGUGAAGCGUCGCGGUGUUGCCUCUGUAACCAAAUGCACCAAGUGUAAUGGUUCGGGGAUUAUUUUCAUUGGCGGGUCGAAGAAUCAACAGAGUAAUGUUGAGAAACCUUUCCAUUGCAACAUCUGCAAUGGUAGUUUUAGCCGGUAUUCUUCGCUGUGGAGCCACAAACGAUUACAUUCAGGCGAGAAAAAUUUCAAAUGUAAUAUCUGUGGAUUGGCAUUCGCGAAGGCGGCGUAUUUGAAGAAUCAUUCACGGAUCCACACUGGUGAGAAGCCAUACAGGUGUAAUGUGUGCGGUAUGCAGUUCUCACAGUCGCCGCAUUUGAAGAAUCACGAGCGGAUACACUCCGGGGAACGGCCGUACGUGUGUGAAGUAUGCGAUAAAAGCUUCGCGCGGCAUUCGACGCUAUGGAACCAUCGCCGGAUUCAUACUGGAGAGAAACCCUAUCGGUGUGAUAUUUGUGGAAGUUGCUUCAAUCAAGCGACGCAUCUUAAAAAUCACGCGAAGGUCCACAGCGGUGAGAAACCUUUUAAAUGUGACAUCUGCAGCGUGGGUUUCUCUGAUAGAUUCGCACUGAAGCGCCAUCGUAAUAUUCAUGAAAAAUACGGCCGGACGAAACCUGCGACGUCUAAUACCAAUGCACCGACGGCUAAUAAUGUGACCAAUGCGACUGCGGGUGUUACAAGUGUGACGAACACGACGCAGGAUACGCAGAGUGUGGCGGAAGCACCGGCGUCCACUGAGGAUCAGGAUAAUACCAACAGUGAGGUGAUGGUGGUCGAGCCCAAGUACGAAGCGCCUGAUAUGACUGAGAUUUCCGAGCUGCAGGCGCAACUGUCUUAAGUUAAUCUAUUAUUAUU